UUCAUUGAGUAAUAUAUAUAAUUCUGGAAAUAAUAAUUAACAAAUUGAUGAUAUUGCCAAGCUGAUAAAUACUAUUGAUAUUAAAUGUUUCUCACGGAGAUAAAAAUUGGCAUCGGCAGGCUCUUAAAAAUUUACGUAAAGCUUCGAAACAACUGUCUACUCAAUUAAAUACCUUUAAUCCUCCAUCAGUGGCUCUCGAUCUCCGUGGACCUGAAAUACGCACUAAAAUAUUUAGAGACGAUCCUAAUUCAGCCCAAAUUUUUAAAACAGAAAAAAAUUAUGUUGGGUGCAAAGUUAUGAAUACUGGAAGGAUAUCAAAUGGUAAAAUGAUUCAGCCGAUUGAUACUGCACUAGAAUUACCUGAGAUAUCUGAUAAAGACGAGGAAGACAUAAAUUUAGCACUUGAACUUGAAUGCGAUUUUUUAAUAGUCUCUCACAUACGAACAAGUGAAACAAUUUCAAGUAAAAUAUCCUCAUCUCAGGGUGUUGAUAAUUUUGACGAUAUUCUUAAAGUAGCUGACGGUAUUGUCAUUGACCGUGAGUGCCUUCAAGUGGACAUAAGAUCUGAGAAAAUAUUUCUGGCACAAAAAUCAAUGACCGCCAAGUGUAAUCGAAUUGGUAACCCAGUGAUAGUAACAUAUCGCGUGUCAACAACCGACGGGCGAGUGAAACUGGACCUCGACCUUCUGGCAAAUGCAAUUCUCGAGGGUGUUGAUGGUAUUUUUUUAGCCACUGGUUCCUCGAUUGAUAUCAAUAAACUUAAGAAACUUAUCGAGGACGUCGACCUCACAUGCCGCGAGGCCGAGAACGCGAGAUGCCAAAGACAAAUUUUUCACGAGCUCAGUUACAAGAUUACAAUCCCAGUGGACUCGACUCAUGGCGUGGCUAUUGCUGCUGUGGAGUUGUCAAUGAAACUCAAUACAUCGGCAAUAAUUGUCACCCCAACGACCGGUCGAUCUGCAAUGCUAUUGUCUAUUUAUCGACCACGAUGUCCUAUAGUUGCAGUUACGCGACACAAAAUAGCUUCUCAAUGGCUAAGAAUUUAUUUUGCCCUUCAUCCUAUUCACUAUACCCGUAAACGAAAUUAAAAUUGGAGUCAAGACAUAGAAGAGAGAAUCAGCUGUGGUAUGAAUUACCUUCGUCAGUCAAGAUUUGUUAAAGUGGGUGAUCCAGUGGUGGUUGUUAGUGGAUGGCGUUCUCACAAUCAAGG